CGUAGACAUUUGUUUGCGUAAAAAGGCAGGGGUACUUUUCAUCAGGUCCGUACAGGUAUAGUCUUGCUCCAACUUUUCGUCAUGUCUUUAGAUCUGUCGUCCGAAGCUAUCACUUGGACUGGUGCAGAACAAUACUGUUUGGAAGUCAUGAAGCGCCUUGAUAUUCAACGAAGAAGUGAAGAAUUUUGCGAUGUGAUUCUAAACGUUGGUUGCGGUAUGUCGUAAAUCGCGUGUUUACAUAUGUAAUCAAACCUCAUAUCGCAUAUAGAAUUUGAUUGUUAAGUGACCGGAAAGAGAUAGGCAUCGAAUCUGCCAAAUCAAAGGAAACAUAAAACGAAUCGCUUUAUCUUUCGUUGAAAAAUUAUCAGGAGUUGUGUUGUAAUAAAACCGGGGAUGCUGUGAGUGAAGAAUAUAUGUUUAAAACCUUACAUCGUGAGUGAGUGAUUUAGGACCGUUUAGCGCGAGUUUAUCGGGACAACAGUGUGUUGCAAGCAAAUAUCCCAUUCCCAACACAAAGUGGCACCUCCGACGGGACUGAACAGAGGGAAAACAAACAGAUCUGACGCCGGGAUUUUACAAUGGAGAAACUUACCACGGAUCUAGACACACAACUACAAUUGCUCAACUUCACAAGGGAUAAGAGUGAAGGAAUCACCGCAAAGGGAAAUGUGGAAGCUGUGGACCGCCAACUUCAGUCCUUGAGAUCUAUCGUAACGAAGGUGGAAGAUUUUAAGCUUCAAAUCGAGCAAGCGAAAAUCGCGAACGGAGAGAAACUUGAAGACGUGUCAGAAUGGAGCCUCACAGUUGAAGCCGCCCAAACAUCUGCUGAUGAGAACAUCGCGUACUUGCGGAAAUGGUUAACAGAAUACAAGCAAAGAGAACGCCUUUCGGAAAAUGAGGGUCAACAAGCCUUUCUGGAGCAGUCAAGAAAGGAUCAGCUUGAGUUUGAACGAACGCAACUGGAGAUGAGGCUGGCAUAUGAGAAGAAGAUCGAGGAGACAAAAGCAAACCAUUCGAAGACCACGGAGCCGACCUCAAAUCAAGCAGCGAAGACCGCCAAACUUCCUAAGCUCGUCAUUACAAAGUUUAGAGGUGAACUAACGGAUUGGCCACGGUUCUGGAGUCAAUUUGAAACCGAGAUUGACAAGGCAGAAAUAGCUGGCGUGACAAAGUACUCAUACCUAAAGGAACUCGUAGACCCGAAGAUACGAGCGGAAAUAGACGGCUUGCCCUUCUCAGUAGAGGGAUACGAGCGUGCGAAGAACAUCCUGGCAAGGAAGUAUGGACAAACAAGCGAGGUCGUGAACGCGUACGUGGAAAACAUCAUGUCUUUGCCUACAAUUGGAGGAACACAGCCAGCCAGAAUCCAUGAUUUCUACGAGAAGCUUUUUUCAAUGUGCAAUCAUUGGAAACAAUGGGAAAACUGCGAGAGGUGAAUGGAUACGUGCGGAUGACUAUUGACAAGCUGCCGGGGAUAAGAGGGGAUCUUGUGCGAACAGACGAUUCUUGGCGAGAGUGGAAUUUUCCAAGGUUAGUGGAUGAGCUUCGAAAAUGGACAGAAAGAAACCCGAUCCAAUCCAAGCAAAGCGAUAAGCCCUGGCGUGUCGACAAACCCUGGCGUGACAAGAAUUUCCAAGUCCAACAGCAGAGAUGGCAAAAAUCGGGGAUGCGUUUAUUGCGAAAGCCAAGAUCACAGAUCGGUCGACUGCAAAACGGUAGCCAGCCUCGACGAUCGCAAAAGGAUGCUUAGCAACAAACGCCUUUGUUUCAAUUGCACCGGAGGCAAACACAGGGCUGAAGAUUGCAAAAGCCGUUCCAUGUGCCAGAUUUGUAAGAGAAGGCAUCACACGUCCAUCUGCAACAGCGUCAGUAACCAGUUAAUGACAGCGACUUCAACGCAAAGACCAACUGUGAUCUAUCCAGUCGUCGUAGUGGAAGUGAUGGGAGUUAAGUGUCGUGCGUUACUAGACACCGGCGCCGGAAGUUCCUACGCUUCAGCAGCGUUACUUGAUCACAUAAAGAUUCGCCCUCAUCAACGAGAAGUACGACAGAUCGAAAUGAUGAUGGGAGUAGUCACUAAGCCGGUGGAAAUCUUCAAAGUGCAAAUAAGUUCACUGCAGAGCGAUUUCAUCCUUGAAACGGACGUGACUAAGGUGAAUAAGGCACAGCUUUUAUCCCUGGAAAACCCUCGCUACCAGCAAGUCCUGGAAAGGUACGACCACUUGAAGGGAGUGAAGAUGGACGAUAUGGACCCAAAGGAUUACCUUCCGGUGCACCUUAUCUUGGGAGUGUGUGACUAUACUAAGAUCAAGACUGUAACAGCACCUCUUAUUGGAGCCGCAAACGAGCCUAUUGCCGAGAAAACUAAGUUCGGAUGGACCAUUAUUUCACCGGGCAAAGAAGUGGAUCUGUCUCCCAUGUUCCUGACGCAGACAUCAACGGUAGAUUACGACAACUUGUGCAGACUGGACGUGCUUGGACUGGCAGAUUGUGCAACUGGUGACCAAGACGAGGUGUAUUCAGAGUUCAAAGAGCAACUAAGACGAGAUGAUGAGGGUUGGUACGAAACUAGCCUACCAUGGAAAGGGAACCACGCACCUUUACCAACCAACGAAGCAGGAAGUCUUCGCAGAUUAACAGGCCUCGUAAAGAAGCUGCGUGGCCAAGGAAUGAUAGAACGUUACGAUCAAGUAAUCCAAGACCAAAUCAAGACCGGGAUAGUCGAGAGAGUUAGCACACCCGCAACUGGGCAGCACGAAUUCUACAUUCCUCACAAGGCAGUGGUACGCGACACAGCAGAAACCACUAAGCUUCGAGUGGUCUAUGACGCGUCAGCACGGGCCUACUCUGGUGCACCCUCGUUAAAUGAGUGUCUGAAUCCUGGACCACCUCUUCAAAACAAACUCUGGAGUGUCCUAGUUCGUUCUCGAUUUCAUCCAAUAGCAGUCGCAGGAGACAUUAAGCAAGCUUUCCUUCAAGUACGAAUCAAGAGCCAGACCGUGAUGCGCUGCGAUUUCAUUGGUUAAAGGACCCAAGCAGUCAAACAGUGGAGACGUUGAGGUUUACAAGAGCCCUCUUCGGUCUCACAUCAUCGCCAUUCCUCCUGGGAGGCGUGAUCCAGCACCUGUUGGAGAGUUGCAGACAAGACCACCCGGACAUUGUCAGCGAGAUAGAACGCAGCUUAUACGUCGACGACCUCAUCAGUGGUGGCCCUACCUGUGAAAAGGCAAAGGAAAUCAAAUCAGCUUCUCAGGAAGUAUUCGCCAAGGGCACCUUCGAGUUGCAUAAAUGGCAUUCGAAUGUGAGAGAGUUGGAAUCGGCCGCCUCUGAACCAGCCGCUUCUGAACCAGUCUCGAUUGAGGAAGAAACGUAUGCAAAGGAGCAGUUAAACGUCCCCAGAAGAGAAGGAGCUACCCUGCUUGGUUUGCCAUGGGACAAAGCAAACGAUACCAUCGGAGUAAGUUUUCCACAAGAAAAGGCUGAUCCCAGCAAGCGGGGAAUCUUAAGCAAAGUGGCACGGAUCUAUGACCCACUGGGAUUGGCCUCUCCUAUCUCAUUAGGCGGUAAGCUCCUCUACCGUGACGUGUGUGAUGCCAAGCUAAACUGGGAUUCAAAGCUACCAGGCGAUAUGAUGCAGAGUUGGAUACGAUGGGAGAAGCGACUUCCCGAGCAGCUUACAGUUCCGAGAUCUUUAGCAGCCCAUCAAGAGGACAUUCAGUCAAUAGAGUUGCACGCAUUUGGUGAUGCCAGUGGGAAGGGCGUGGCCGCGGCUGUGUAUGCUGUAGUCAAUCAAGAGUCGGGCUCAAAUCAAGGGCUCGUGGCAGCGAGAGCGAGACUCUCAAAAGGGGACUGACGAUCCCUCGGCUAGAGUUGGUGUCCGGACAUAUGGCAGUGAAUCUCUUGGUAAACGUGGCCUCCGCCCUGGACGGAUUUCCCUUACCGAAAAGUACUGCUGGCUCGAUAGCACCGUUGCCCUGCACUGGAUCAGAUCCCCAGGCACAUAUAAGCAGUUUGUGAGUAACAGAGUCGAGAAAAUACAAGCACAUUCAGGCGUGACUUGGCGGCACGUAGGGACCUUGGAGAACCCUGCUGACCUUGGAAGCCGUGGUGGAGAAGUGAAAACCAUCCCUCUUGGAGCAACGGGCCGAAGUGGUUGAAGAACAAAGCGAUCUGGCCUCCAGACAUUGUGACUAAGGCAUCAGAGGAAUCAAUGGCAGAAGUGAAAGCAACAAGAGAUGUUUUUGCUGUGGCGAUAGCAACUACAGAUGAGCUAGACAACCUUCUUGAGAAGUUUACCUACUGGAGGACAAUGAGAAUCUGUGCGUGGAUAAUGCGGUUCGUUCACAACGCUCGUUCAGAGAAGAUACAAAGACACGAAGGACCGCUGACAACUGAAGAAACUAACAAAGCGACAAUCUUCUGGGUGAAAAGAGUCCAGACCAGAGCCACAGCAGACAAGCAUUACGAAAGAAGAUCGGUUGCAACUGAAUCUGCAACCUAACCAAGACGGCGUGUUAGAAUGUCGAGGCCGAAUACAAGGGCAUUAUCCGGUGUAUUUGCCCGAGAGUCAGCGCUUCACAGAGAAGCUCGUAACACAAGUACACCUUUGGGACGCUCCACGGGGAGUCGUCAGUACCAUGGCAAAGGUACGAGAGCUGUACUGGGUUCCGCGCCUUAGAAGAUUGACAAAAGGAAUCGUGAAGAGUUGCCACGGCUGUCGGCGGUUUCAAGCCCAAGCGUUCUCGUCCCCACCCCAAGGCGACCUGCCAAAGGAUCGGACAGAAGGUUCUUCACCCUUUCAAGUUGUUGGAGUGGAUUACGCGGGACCCAUUAAGUAUCGUAUAAGCAAGAACAGAGAGGGCAAGGCGUACAUCGUUCUGUACGCUUGCAGCCUGACCCGCGCCGUGUACCUCGAGCCGACCAAAACCUUGGAGACGGAAGAGUUUAUCGGAACUCUCAAGCGUCUCAUCGCCAGGAAAGGUCGCCCGGAGAAGAUAUACUCCGACAACGGGAAAACAUUUGUGGGAGCAGCAAAAUGGCUGAACAAGGUGAUGAAGGAUGAACGUCUACACGACUUCCUUGCCAAGAUAAACGUGAAGUGGCAAUUCAACUUGUCCAGAGCACCCUGGUGGGGUGGACAAUUUGAGAGACUGGUGGGACUCGUGAAGCGAGUUUUCUACAAGACAGUGGGAAACGGAACGCUCACCUGGGACGAGCUACAAGACGUCCUGCUUGACGUCGAGGUGACACUCAACAACCGACCGUUGAGCUACCUAGAGGAAGACAUUCAGCUACCCAUCCUGACCCCGAGCACCUUCCUUUAUGGUCAACCGAACAUGCUUCCAGAGUUAGAACCUCAUCACGUCCAGGAACACGACCUGCGGAAGAGAGCUAAAUAUUUGAGGAAGUGCAAGGAUACACUAUGGUCACGCUGGACAAGAGAGUACCUCCGCGGACUGAGAGAGAGACACCGGCUGAAGCACAAGGGAGACACGACCUAUCCAUCCAAGGGAGAAGUCGUCAUCAUCAAAUCAGAAGAGAAGAAUCGAGCACAGUGGAAGUUGGGAGUCGUAGAAGACCUAAUCACCGGCCGUGAUGGCGUGAUUCGUGGGGCAAAGCUGAAAACUGGAAAGUCACGCCUGGAGCGCCCAAUACAGCAUCUGUACCCUCUAGAGCUGAGUUGUGACAUGCCGAUGCAGAACCCACCGGAGCCGCUGAAUCCAAUGGCGCCAAUCUACAGGCCGCAAAGGGAUGCCGCAGCAGCAGCCAGAGUUCGUAUCCAGGAUAUGAACGAGGACGAACAAUGAACUGAACAAUGCAUAAAUUUAAGAACCCCAAGAACUAUGAACAUUACGAGUGAACUUUUAUAUUUUUUGAGCAUUUCAUGCCAGAUGGCACAUUGAUUUUAAAACUCUAAUAUUUGUUAUGUUAUGAUGCUGCUUGGUCAACAGACUGCAGUUCGAGACUCUUAAAUUCAACGACUGAUUUUCUAUCUGUUGAUUAAGUUCUGGACAUUUGCUCUCUCGAAGCAAAUGGGGGGAGGGUGUCGUAAAUCGCGUGUUUACAUAUGUAAUCAAACCUCAUAUCGCAUAUAGAAUUUGAUUGUUAAGUGACCGGAAAGAGAUAGGCAUCGAAUCUGCCAAAUCAAAGGAAACAUAAAACGAAUCGCUUUAUCUUUCGUUGAAAAAUUAUCAGGAGUUGUGUUGUAAUAAAACCGGGGAUGCUGUGAGUGAAGAAUAUAUGUUUAAAACCUUACAUCGUGAGUGAGUGAUUUAGGACCGUUUAGCGCGAGUUUAUCGGGACAACAGUGUGUUGCAAGCAAAUAUCCCAUUCCCAACAGGUAUUCAUCAAGCUCGCUUGAAAGCCCACAGAAAUGUGUUAUCUGCGGCAAGCCCCUUCUUUUACAACGCUCUUAACAGUGACAUGAAAGAAAAAGAAGAAGGAGUUAUCAGUUUAGAAGAAACGAGCAAAACUAUAAUGGAUGGAGUUUUGAAGUAUAUGUACACAGGAUAUGUUGACGUGUCCGCAGAAAAUGUUCCCGAAUUGUUUGCUCAGGCAAACUAUUUCAUUCUUCCAAGUCUGACGUAUUUUUUGAGCAAUUUUAUAAUACAAACACUUUCCCUCUCCAACUGUGUAAAAGCUUAUUAUUUGGCCUGUAAGUACCAGUGUGAAAGGUUAAUGAAAGAAACGCGUGGUUUUAUCUUGUCAAAUUUUGUUGCUGUCGCCAAAACCGAAGAUUUCCUGAAUUUGAGCUGUGAGCAGGUCGAGGAGUGGAUUUCAAGCGACGAAGUAGUCGUGGAUGUCGAAGAAAAGGUGUUCGAGGUAGUGUUAAGAUGGGCUGAAAGAGAUGAGAGUAGAAAACAGAAUGAUUUCCGAGAUUUGUUUCGCCAUCUUCGCUGUGGUUAUGUAUCGCGUGACUACUUAUUCGAGGUCCUUCUUCCUCAUCCUUUGGUGAGAGAAAAUUCAGGCUGUUUGUCUUCAGUCUUCAACGCCAUGAAAUCUGCCUUGGAUGGCACAGAAGAGUGUUUGUUUUUACAGGCACCAAGACAGUGCCUUAAAUCCCAUGAAGGUACAGUUGUUGCUUGCAGGGAAAACCGUGCUCUGUGUUACCUUCCCCCAACUCAAAAAUGGUUUGAGUUACCCAAGAUGAAUUCAUCAUUUAGGUAUCCUGAGCAGACUGAGCAUGCGAUUGGCGUGUGUCAUGGAAGAUUAUACAUAAUCGGGAGGACAACCACAAGGGGUUAUGGUUCCACGUCUUGCGUUGCCGAACGUUAUGAGCCAUCGCUCAACAAAUGGUUUCAAGUUAAUCCACCAGCAAACGUUGCUUCAUUUUUUGCUGUUGCCACACUCCAGGGAUUUAUUUACAUUCUGGGUGGAAAGGACAGCCAGAAUACAUCACGGGAUUCUGUACAAAAAUACAACCCUGACACUAAUAUGUGGCAGGAGGUCCUGCCACUUAGUAGCCCUAGAGCAAAAGUUUGUGCCAUUGCUGAUGGAAGUUAG